AGCGCCCGUGGUGAUGCCAUGCCCCGCAAGCACAGCGGAGGAGACGAGGGCAGCUCCGCCGGGCUCUGGAUGAAGAGCAGCCGCGCGGGCAGCGGCAUGAAGGAUGUGGAGUCCGGCCGCAGCAGGGUGCUCAUGAACUCGGCCCCCAGAGGGGACGGCUUGCUCCUGCUGGGCACCGGCAGCGCCAUCGGCCGAGGCGGCUCGCGGGAGAACCGGCGGGGGAAGCAAGGGGGAGCCCGGAUGAGUCUGCUGGGGAAGCCGCUGUCGUACAACAGCAGCCAGAGCUGCCGGAGGAACGUCAAGUACCGGAGGCUGCAAAACUAUCUGUACAACGUACUGGAGAGACCCCGCAGCUGGGCGUUCAUCUACCACGCGUUCGUUUUUCUUCUUGUAUUUGGUUGCUUGAUUUUGUCAGUGUUUUCUACCAUUCCUGAGCACGCAAAACUUGCUUCUCGUUGCCUCUUCAUUCUGGAGUUUGUCAUGAUUGUUGUGUUUGGUUUCGAAUAUAUCAUUCGCAUCUGGUCAGCUGGCUGCUGUUGUCGCUACCGAGGAUGGCAAGGAAGAUUGCGAUUUGCGAGGAAACCAUUCUGUGUAAUAGACACCAUUGUUCUCAUCGCUUCAAUAGCAGUUGUUUCUGCAAAAACUCAGGGUAACAUUUUUGCAACAUCAGCACUGAGAAGUCUUCGUUUCCUACAGAUCCUUCGUAUGGUGCGCAUGGACCGAAGAGGAGGGACUUGGAAAUUAUUAGGUUCAGUAGUUUAUGCACAUAGCAAGGAAUUAAUCACAGCCUGGUACAUAGGAUUUUUAGUACUUAUCUUUUCCUCUUUCCUUGUCUAUCUGGUGGAAAAAGAUGCAAAUACCCAGUUUUCUACGUAUGCAGAUGCUCUCUGGUGGGGCACAAUCACAUUGACAACAAUUGGCUAUGGAGACAAAACUCCUCUUACUUGGCUUGGAAGGCUGCUUUCUGCUGGGUUUGCUCUACUUGGAAUUUCUUUCUUUGCACUACCUGCUGGCAUUCUUGGCUCAGGCUUUGCAUUAAAAGUACAAGAACAGCACCGUCAGAAACAUUUUGAGAAAAGAAGGAAUCCAGCAGCCAGUUUAAUUCAGUGUGUAUGGCGUAGUUAUGCGGCUGAUGAGAAAUCGGUUUCCAUUGCUACCUGGAAGCCUCAUUUGAAGGCCUUGCAUACCUGCAGCCCUACAAAGAAAGAACAAGGGGAAACUUCUAACAGUAAGCUUUGUAGUAAUAAACAGAAGCUCUUCAGGAUGUACAGCUCUCGGAAACAUAGCCAGAAGUUAAGUUUUAAAGAGCGGGUACGGAUGGCUAGCCCAAGAGGGCAGAGUAUUAAGAACAGGCAGGCAUCAGUUGGAGAUCGACGGUCACCAGGUACUGACGUUACUGCAGAGAGCAGCCCAACCAAAGUGCAAAAGAGCUGGAGCUUCAAUGACCGAACUCGUUUCAGACCUUCACUGCGUCUGAAGAGUUCUCAGCCAAAACCAGUGGCAGACGCUGACACCACUCUUGGAACAGACGAUGUUUGUGAUGAGAGAGGAUGCCAAUGUGAUGUAUCAGUAGAAGAUCUCACGCCAGCACUUAAAACCAUCAUUAGAGCUGUCAGAAUCAUGAAAUUUCAUGUUGCAAAGAGAAAGUUUAAAGAGACUUUACGUCCAUAUGAUGUAAAAGAUGUAAUUGAACAGUAUUCAGCUGGUCACCUUGACAUGUUGUGCAGAAUAAAAAGCCUUCAAUCCCGUGUUGACCAGAUUCUUGGAAAAGGACAAAUCACAACAGAUAAGAAAAGUCGAGAAAAGAAUACUGCAGAGAAUGAGACAACUGAUGACCUUAGUAUGUUAGGGCGUGUAGUCAAGGUGGAGAAGCAGGUACAAUCCAUAGAGUCAAAACUGGACAGCCUGUUAGAUAUAUAUCAACAGGUCUUAAGGAAAGGAUCUGCAUCAGCGCUCACUUUGGCUUCAUUUCAAAUGCCAUCUUUUGAAUGUGACCAGACCUCUGAUUAUCAAAGUCCUGUAGACAGCAAAGAUUUAUCUAGUUCUGCACAAACUAGUGGAUGUGUAUCCAGAUCAGCUAGUGCCAACAUGACUCGUGGCCUACAGCUUAUACUGACACCAAAUGAAUUUAGCACUCAGGCUUACUAUGCUUUUAGUCCAACUAUGCAUAGUCAAGCAACACAGGUGCCAAAUGAUGGACCUGCAACAGUAAUAACUAAUAACACAUCAAACCAAAUAAACCAGGCAACUAAGCCAACAACACCAACAACGUUACAAAUACCACCUUUCUCCUCAGUCAAGCAUGCCAACUGGCCUGAGCCUCUUCAUAUUAUUCCUGCAACCACACAGGAAAAUAUUUCUGAUGUCACCGCUUGCCUUGUUGCUUUAAAGGAUAAUGGACAAGUUGCACAGUCCAAAGUAACAAAGGAUCUUUCCUGGAGAAAACACCUUGAUACAGAAGGGGAACCCUUGGUCUCAGUUAAACCAGUAGUGCAAAUGGAUUUAGGAAAAUCUUUAUCUGUACAAAACCUUAUACAAUCAUCGGAAGAACUGAAUGUACAGAUUGCUGGGAGUGACUCCAGUGGCUCAAGAGGGAGCCAAGAAGUGUACUCCAAAUGGAGGGAGUCAAAAUUAUUUAUAACAGAUGAAGAGUUGGAAGCAGAGACAAAAACAGAGGCUUUUGAAAGCAUCUCUCGCUCAUUAGUGGAAACAACUCUUUCUACUGACUCUGUAAGGACUGGAAUAUCAAGAUCAUCUCAAAACAUUUGCAAGCCAGGGGACAGUACAGAUGCACUCAGCUUGCCUCAUGUCAAACUUAAAUAA